UCUGAUGUUUGUUUGACCAUGGCGGGGAAACUAGCACUAUAUUUAAUUAAACAACUACAGCCAGGCUGAUCAUAUUUGAAUUCGUCGAGAUUUUAGUAUCUUUCACAAAUAUCAAAGAGUGAAUAAGAACCAUUUUUUAAAUUUGAAUAAACGUGUCACAAUUGUGGCCCAAAUUAACCAAAUUUUUUUGUGACUUUUGUGAAAUAUGAAUCUUUGGAUAUGCGUAGUUUGCUUGGCUUUUUUGCAUAAUGUCGUAGCUCAAAGUAAGUUUUUAGUUUCAUAAAUAUUAUUUUAUCAUUAAUCUGUUCUUUUUUAGUUAAAUAAUAAUAGUUUUUAAUUUUUAAAAACAGCUUAAAUUUAAUUUUAUAAGAGUCAGUAAGAUUCAGAAUCUGUGUGUUUUUCUUCUAACUGACAAAAGUACCAUUAACUACUAAUAUUAAUUAUUGUAUUUUUGUUUCUAAUAUUGCGAUGUAUUUUUAUUAAUUUGGCGAUUCUAAUUAUUAUAAUAGUCACACAUUUUUAAUGUGCAUACCUAUCUAGUUUAAGAAGAUAUUAAUUUGCCGCAAUAUUUACUGUCUGUAUUGAGUAGAAUAUAACGGGUGAUUUUUGCUUCUUAGCACAUGUUUUGUUGUCAUCAGAGAUGGAUUGGCUAACUCAUAUCGACCCUGGCAUUAUAUUACAAGCAGUUCAAGUGAAGUAACUUAUUUCUACAUUAUUAAAAAAUAAGUACCUUCACAAAAUUCUUAAAAUUUGUUAAACUGACAUCAGGGCUGCGAUAUUUUUCUACCUAUACAUACCCAGUUUAUUAAAUAUAAUGGCGGCUCGUGGUUUUUGAAAUUUGGGUGGGCAGUAUUAUAAGAAAAAUACUUUUUGUCCAAUCAAUUUACUACUAUACUAUUAAUACAAAUAAAAUAAUUAAUAAUUUUGAAUCGUUCUCGGUAAAUCUAAAAUGUAUCAGCUUGCGUGCUUAAACAUUCCACAAAUAAUUUAAAAUUAUCCUUAUUGUGGUACUCUGAUGACUCAUCAUGCCCUCUAAUUUCUAUAAUUCCUGUUUUUUUUUAGAAAAAAAAAUUAAACAUUUUCAGCAAAAUAAUUUGUUUAAAUUCUGAUCCACACACAUCUAUUUACGCUUCUGAUACCAAUUUAAAUUAAAUUUUCUGUUUAUAUUUAUGUUCAUUAAAUUUGGGAAAUUCUUAUAUAUUAUUUUCCAUUAUGCUUAAUUUUCGAAGUCUGCUUCUAUUAGAAAAUCAAAAAUAUCAUUGAUGCUGCUUUAUAAUUAUUACCUAAAUAAUCCAAAUAAUAGUUAUACGAAUGGGAUACAGAACAACUGAAGAUUCUCUGAUUAAAAAUAAGACUAUAAACGAAACAUACUUUGAUAAAAUAUUACUGGUUUCCGAAAUAAAAUUGAAAAUUCAAAAAUUAUUAUUAAAGGCUAUAAUUUUUUAUUUCUUAGCAAAACAAUCAGUUAAAUAAACUUUGCCAGUGGCGUACGACAUGGAUAAAGUAAUUCAUACCCUCUAAAUUUUACGCCACUUUCCAAAAACUUAUUUGGACUAUAAAUUUGAAUUUUUUGAUGUUUUUUAAAUAAAUCAUGUACCCCUGUUGAGAAUUUAUAGAAAAAAAUCUAAAAUUACAAAAUGAAAAAAUAAAUUAAAUGAAGAAUUAUCCACCUUUGAGUGUGAAUAGCUCGAAAACCAAUCACGAUAUGAGUUCCCAACAAGAAUACAUGAUUUAUUUAAAAAAUAUCAAAAAAUUUAAAAUUAUAGUCUAAAUAAGUUUUUGGACAGAAGGGAUGGGAUGAAGGUGUAUUCAUGCCGUACGUCACUGUAUAAGUUUAUUUAACAACUAAUUUUUUUGUUGACAGGUGUAUCUUAUGACACCAAAAAUAUUUACUGAAUUUUUUAAAGUUAUAAAGAAAAUUAAAAAAAAUAUAUAAAUUAAUUUUUAAAAUUUUAUAAUUUGCUUUAGUUGGUCGUGAAAAAAAUAUACUGUACUCAAAUGAAUUGUCCGCAUCACAAAAUGACCAUCAUAUCCACUUUGUUCCACAAACUAUAUACUGUGUUACCAUACUUUUGAGACUUGCAUCACAGAAAAUAGGGAAACUAAAAAUAUGUCGGAUUGAUGCCCAGUAAACAAAUUUAUUUAUUAUUUCAUAUAUCGCCGACAUCGCCGGGAUUUUACGAGUCUGUUAUACACUGCCCGCCCAGCUAACCGUAUUCCGAAGUAUCAGCAUGAUGACCCUUUAUUUAGGCCAUCCAUUUAAAAUUAGUUAGUGGGAAUCUCUAAUAAAUAAAAUGAUAACAUCGGGUUACUGCUAAAACAAGAUAACUCACAUUUUUAGAGUUUCGAGAAAACGCUUUUCAAAAGGUUAAAAUUUAAUAAAAAAUCAGUAAAAUCUUGAAACUGUUUAACACUUUAACCCCUGUGUGUACCAGAAGUGGUACACAGCAAGUUGUUACAUGGACUGUGUGUACAAUAUAUGGUCACAAAAUAUUAUUCAUUAAAACCUGGCAGAUAUUUUAUAAAUUAUUAUCAGAAACUGCGGCUUUUUUUUUGGUAAAUUUGUUUUAUUUGAAUCGUUACAAACCGUACUAUAUUAUAAAAAUGUAUAAUUUUGCAAAAAACAUGUUCAAAACGUUGUGCCAAAAAAUGGUACACACGGUUUUUUACAUAUACCAACAUUGGAUUUUUUUCUUUUUUUAUCUGAAAAUUGUGUGUAGCAGAAAAAAAAACAGUUAUUGCGUAAGAACUUCUCACUACAUGCCUGGCAUGAUGUAUUUACUCUCUUGGAAUACUUCAUUAUUAUCUUCCAUUUCUUUCGCUAAGUGUUUUGUAGCACUUAGUGCAUCUUCCUCUCUUGUUUUCAUCACUAAAUUUAUGAUUACUUUCAGGUUCUCCUGCCUUAUUUGUCUGCAUUUGACGAAUGUGAAAUUUUUCAAAAAUUUUGUUCAUGAUUUGUGUUCACACGUGUAUAGUUUCAUAAAAGUACCUAAAGUUUCGUCCACCUAUUGACGACAUGCGAAACUGUUCCGCCAGAAUUUAUCCACGACCUGAACCAACCGUUAUAAGCAUUUUUAAACUUCAUGCAGUUGUGUUUGUAUAGUGUACACACCAGAUAGAAUCAAUGCAUGUUUCGUGCCCAUAUAGAGACACACAGUUUGUUGGUAAAUACUUAUUGUGUACCACUUAUGGUACGCACAGUUUGUUUGGAAAAGCUACAAAAAAGUAGCUCGGUUUGUAGUAAAAGAUAUGAAACAUUUGCCCAAAAAAGGUUUUCAAAACAACUAGCCUUCACAAAGUAUAAACUAAGAAUUUGUCGACUUGUAACAAAAAAAAAAGAAAAAGUUCACAGGUCAUAAUAUUCAAUGUCUGUGUCACUACCUUCAAUGGAAGGUUCAGGUACAAUGUCUUUAACAUUAUUGGAUACAGGUAGAUUGUGACAAUAAUGGUGAAAUUCAACAGGUCUAGCACCUGAUUUGCAAAGUUUUAGUAAAUCUUCACAUUACUUACGUCUUGCACUUUUUUGUAAGUAUUUUCAGAGCUAUUUUUGUCACCCUUUCAGGCAUCCCUCUGCCGGUAUGGCUUGGGUUUUUCAAGCAAUGCCAAAGCUGGUGUUUCGUUGAUUUAAGAAGUGCUUCUGGUCGUGUUAACGUCAGCAUCCCCGCUCGUUACACUUUGACCAAUUACUCGAUACGGCUUGACCAAUCAAUCAUUCACCACGGCGAUUUGGACAUAACGUGUUAUAAUCUAUUGGUUUUUGAAGGUUAGCUGUAUCGUGGAAAGAAAGGGUGACAUAAUCAUCUUGUCGGACCAAUCGAGAAAGGCAAGAGACUGCUCUUUGCAAAACACAACAAAUGGCUUGGGCAAAAUGUUCAAAUAUUUCAACAAAUAUAUUCAACAAAACAAAAAUAGGGGUUCUGGUCUUUGUCUUGUUUUGGCAAAAACACUAUUAGGAAAUUAGCAACUGAAUACAUUGUUAGGAUUAUAUUUCUGUAUAAAUGUCUUUCAUCUUGUUUGUGCAUAUUAUGAAUACAUUAAUGUGGUUUGACGUUUACCCCCUCUCUACCUACCAAAAGCCUUUCCAACUUUUACUUUCGCUAUACGUUUCAUAGGUAAUGUAAACCGGCUCUAACAACUCUAAAUUUAAUCUCAAAUCCAAAAUGCAAUUAUUUUUGGGUGGUCACUGCCCCUGAGGUGCCGCUACUGGUUGAAUGGGGGUGAUUUACGGUUAUAACCUCGGGAGUUCCCUAAGGUACAUGUCAUGGAGGAAGGAUAAUUAGUACAAUUCAGGAACCGGUGUUAUUUAUUUAAUUCAUAAAUAACAUAAAUAAUGUUAAUUUUAAGAAUUUAAUUUAUGCAGAUAUUUUGAAUGAUAAUAAUUUGUAAUUUGGUAGGUAUACCUAUAUCUAUUAAAUUCAAGAAAAUUUAUAUUAGGUAUACACUAAAAUAUUGAUCGGGUCGGUGGUGUAGCAGUCUAACGCGCUUAUAUUCAUUUAUAGGCAAGUUUAUGGUCGGAGACUGCCGGGCUUCGAAUCCAAGACCAGACCAUGUGGAUUUUUAAUUAAAUUGCAUGGUUCGGUAUAGGAUUUGAUGUGUGCCGUAUUAAUAGAAAUUCAAUUUCUGUUGAUAUGACAUGCAGAUUAUAAAAUCGCCAUGCAUUACCGUCUCGAUGAUGGUGGGUGAGGUUUUCCUCGCCUGUAAGUCAAAUGGCACCAUCAAUCAUCUGUAAGUCGCCCCGGAGCGCCACGGCAAAUAAUAAUAAUAAUAAUAGCAGUCUCUUUCCCCUCACAAGCUUAGCUUUUGGGGUUAAAAUUCACUUGUAAGGGGGUGAAUUAGGGAGAGUAGGUAUUAUUAUUAUUUCUACUGAGACGUAUAAAUUUUGACAAAUAAUGUAGCUUAUACCUAGAUUGGUGCAUAAGUUAUAUUUUUUUUUACAUGGGUCAUCAAAAACUACAUAGGAAAGUUUAAUUAAGAACUAUGGUAAAUUUUUGAGGACAAUUUAAAAAAUAAUAACACUAGCGGUGUCCUGAAUACCUAUAGGAUGUAGAAGACCCAAGGAAUCACAGAAGAAUACCUACCUGCGGUAAAAACUGUACGAAAGAACAAGAACAUCAUAAGGUACAAAGUGUAGAAUACUUUUAAUAUUUUUAUUUCGUACAGUGACAACUUUUAUUAAUCAUUACAUGACAUUCAACAUUUUUAAUAUCUAUGGUUAUUUCUUUAUAAAUUAUAUAUACAGGUAGGACCCACAAUACAAAGGAAAACAGGUUUAUGUAUGUAUUGCACUAUUAAUGUAUAAUUUAAAGAAUAAAUCUAUUCUAAUUUUCCCUAAUCAUUUCCAGGUCGGGCCCUGCAUCAAUUUUAUAACAGUAAGCCCUUUCAAUAUCACACUUCUAAAAAAAAAAAAGGUCUUCAAGCACAAACUUCUCCUCCUCAUUAGUGAAAACUCUUUAAAAAAAAGUUCCUCUCUCUUGUGCUCUUCUGACGAUCUAUAGAGAGUUAUACUAUCUAAUUCAAGGGCGGUUCCAGUGGACCGCGGCUUUCCCGAGAUUAAAAUUCUUACAAUCCAUGAGCCAUUUAAUAAAAAAAUAUGCCAAAAAGGAAAUUGUUAUUGGCCCCGAAAAUUCAGCCUACGGAGCCGCUCUUGAUCUCAUUCAAUAUCUAUAAUGUAAUUACAAUUUCUAGUCUUGGAUUGAAUAUUGUGUUAUAAACUCCAAAUCUAUAUGUAUAAAAUAAAAGCUUGCUAAAUGUCAAUUCAAUUGAAAUUAUACCUGUUUGUCAACAGCAUAAUAAAUUCGUUUCUUCUACCUAAUGGUUAUUAGAGUUGUAAUUUUAAAAAUCAACUAAGGAUAUUAAUAAUAUUUAAAUAAAAAUAUACGUAAUACAAAUAUGAUUCUCAAAUUUAUACCUAUUAGAUUGAAAUUGUAACCAAAAAAAUUUAGUAUGUUAUUUGUUAAAGCAAUUAUGUAUGUUAUUUUCGGAACAGGAUUCCAUUAGCUAAAACCUUGUAGGUAUAUUAUAAUAAUUUAUUGUUAUUUAAAUUAUAUAGAAUAGUGAUUUAAAUAUUUAGAGAAAACCAUAGAUACAUUUUUGACACAGGAAUAUAUUUAAGGCACCUAAGAUAUUAAUUAGAAUUAUUUUUUUUAUGUAUAAAUCUUUUUAAGACAUACUAUUCUUUUCUAACGUAAAACGUUCAAUAAAUAGCUUUGUAAAUUGGUAGUUUUAUAAUAUAUUUUGCUGUAAACAAAAUACAGUGGUAGCAAGAUCAAACCUUCGGUCCUGGUUUGGUUAUCUUAAAGUGAAUAGUAAAUAGGGCUCGUAUGUGCAGGAGAGGAAAGGAUGUGGUAUCGACGUUGCCAGUUAGACGGGUCGAUAGCUUGCUACGACUCGCAAUGUUGAUAUUGUGUCGGUUCUUUUCCUAUAUGUGCGAACGCCAUUUUCUAUUCACUCUAACACAAGCAAAGCAGUACCAAAAGUUUGAUCCAGCAUGCGCACAUCUUUUUAUUGUCUAAUAUAAUAUAAAAUUUGACAAUAAUAUAGAGGAUGACUAGAUGAAAGCGAACCCCGUUAUUUUUUAUUUAAAUGGUACACUCUCCUAUCUUUUUUAGUUUGAGAUUUAGACCUUACAAUCAUUUAAACGAAAAAAUGCGAAAUAAUUGAAAUUGUCAAAAAUAGAAAUUACAUUAUCUCAAUUUUAAGAACAAAAAAACAUGAAUAUCUCAUCAGUUAGUGUGAUAAUAAUAUAAAAAAGUGAUGUGCAUUAAUUUUAAUAAUUUAACAUACUGAAUUAAAAAUAAUAGAUAUAUUUAUGAGUUUCGUUUACGUCUACUUACCAGGAUAUACAUAAAUCAAACACAAAAAUGUAUCAAAGUAAAAUAUUUAAUUGCAAUGUAUGUAUCUGACUUGACUUAUUAACUAUAUAUUAAAUCAAAGAUGUUUUAUUUAUAAGACACUAGAAAUCAAAUCUACUCAUUGUAUGUUGUUUUAAUACAAAUAUAAUAAUUGAUUAAUACAAAUUUUUUAACCAACUAAUUUCCAAUUUGUAAUUUCUAUUACUCUUGGGUCUUCUAAUUUUUCCUGCCAUGUCUUUCAAAUUUGAGCGAAUAUUUUCAAUUUACUUUUGAAGAUUAAUUUAAUUAUUUUUUUUAAAUGAUGUAAUCCUUUCUGCUGAUCUCUUAUCACCUUGCUUUGUCAAUUAUUUAAGGAUCACACCUUUCAAUAUUAUUUGAGCGUAGAUUUGCAAUAAAUUAAGUAGCCAUAAAAUUGCAUAAUAUGCUAGUUAAAAAUUCAUGCAGCACCGUUUUAACACAAUAGUUAGUUGCUCAUUAAAAAUAAUUAAGUCAUGAUAUUAAAAUGACAAUGUUAUCGGUGACAUUAAAAUUGAACCGUGUAUUAAUGAUAUAAUAAACGUUGGUGUUAUGGUUUAUUCUGCAAAAGCCGAUCAAUGCGAACUUUUAUGGAAUUUAAUUAGUCGUUCUGCUAGUUUCUACAGUUUUCUUUAUCAAUAAUCGAAGGACAUUCAUUUUAAAACAUAUUUUCGCUUAACUGAAUUUCAAGCAUUUCUAAAUACAUUUAAAUUGACGUAUCUAAGCCAUAUAAGCCUACACUACUUUCCGACUCGCUAAAAACACGUUGAAGUCGCAUGGUACUUCAAUUGACCCCUUCGCUACCAUGUUACCAUAAUACAGUGGCGGCUUGUGCCUUAGCACAUAGGAGGAGCCAUGGAUUAACAUUAUCGGGUGCCUAGCCUAGAUUUUGACUCGAGGUCGUUAAAAAGCAUAUAUUGGGUUAUUAUUAUACUUUAAAAACUCAACUAUUCUAACUAACUACCUAACAAACAAAAAUUCAGCCCGCAUAAAAUGUCAAAAGCAAUACCCCGAACACGCUAUUGAAACAAUACUAUUCUAACUAUUCAUUCCGAGCCGCCUGAAACGUGGCCCCGUUUGAAUGUAUAAGAAGAGCUUUCUACAGGCGAAUGGCGUGAUCUUUAGUAAACUUUUAUAAUGGAUUGAUGUGUAAGCAGCCGGGCCACUGGUCGAUGUGCUCGGAUAGACGGCGGACAGUCAACUGCAUGAAUUAUUAAAUUUGUUGUCUAGGAAUAACAUAUUUACAAAUGUUUCGCCAGUGCCAAGGCCCUUUGGCCCCUUAGGACAAGUCGCCACUGCCAUAAUGGCAACAAAUGCAUAGUGCCCAACUGUAUAAUGUUGCCACUAUGGCAACACGUUUACUAAACGCACAAUGUUGCUUUCAUGGGUCAGUAUAAUUUCAUUAUUGUGUUUUAGCCCUGGUAUAUUCAAAUUUUGUAGUGGGAGUAAAUUUCUGAUUGGUGCUCCCAAGGUCAUGCUGGUUAUAAAUAAAUAACUAUCGUUUUUUGCAUUAUAAUAAAAUAUUUUUUGUUUUCUUGUCGUUUAUAACCCUAUCUUUGUAUCAUAAGUAAAUACCUACCUAAAAACAGAAAUUGAAAAAAAAUUUUUUUUGUGUAAAUCUGGUAUAAUAUUGUAGAUAGCGAAAUCGGUCUGUUAGCAAAGGGGUUAAUUCCUUACCAAACUAGCAUUCUAUAAUGAAAAUCUUAUUCACAGAAUAUUUAGAUACUAAUUUGUUUAUCUUUUACCUUAAAUUAUUUUGUUUGUUCAAGUUAACUGGUAAACUUUAUGGAUAGAUUGACAACGGUGUACUUGUUCAAAUGUAGUACUAACUAGUAAGGCAGCUGUUUAGAUUACAAUCCAAAUAGGUGCUUUUAAACAACGUUGGACUCCGACAUAAUUAAAGUUUCUGUUUCAGUACCCGAAGGAACUCCAUGCUACACAUCUAGAAAUGAAUACGGUCUCUGCAUAAAUAUAAAAAGUUGCCAAUUUAUGAUCCAUUUACUCAGAACUAGAAGUAGGGAUCCAGAAACGGUUAAAUAUCUUAGAAGUUCAUCAUGCGGCUACAUCGCUGGUAUACCCAUGGUUUGUUGUCCGCAGGACGCAUCCAUAAACGACCUUAACAGCAAUGAAGGGCUGGAAGAACGUGCAAAGAAACAUAAGGAUAGUUCAGAAAAUUCAGAUGUUGGAAAACUGAAUGGACCUAAGUGUGGAAUCAGUAAUGUCACCAACUACAGAGUAGUAGGUGGAGUCCCCGCUAAAUUAAAUGAAAUUCCAUUUAUUGCAAUUUUGGGUUACAAAAAUGCGAGAAAUCCGAACACACCAAAAUGGCUUUGCGGUGGAUCGUUAAUAAGCAACAAACACAUUCUAACAGCUGCUCACUGCGUUUAUAACAGACAAGACUUAUACGUGGUUCGCCUUGGUGACCUUAACCUUUUUGACGACAAUGAUGGUGCUUUCCCUGAAGACAUCAACAUUGUAAGCUCCAAAAUUCACGAAGACUAUAGCCCUACGAAAUUUACUAAUGACAUUGCCAUUUUGACUUUAGAAAAAGAGCCAAAGAAUCCAAAUAUAUGGCCUGUUUGUAUACCAAACAAAGAACCAUUCAAAAGCAACACGUUCGUAAAAUAUAAUGCCAUGGUUGCAGGCUGGGGUGCACUUUAUUUCAACGGCCCCUCAAGUGCAGCACUUCAGUUGGCUCAAAUACCAGUAGUCGAACAGGAUAAGUGUAAAAAUGCUUUCGCUGAAAAGGCCAUAAUUGAUGACAACAUUAUCUGCGCAGGUAGAGCAGACGGCAAGCAGGACGCUUGCCAAGGUGACUCUGGAGGACCACUAUUUUGGGGUACAAUUGACGGAGAAGUUAUCCGUUUCUACCAAAUCGGUGUAGUCUCGUACGGAUUUCGAUGCGCAGAAGUGGGAUACCCUGGGGUAUAUACGAGGGUUACAAAUUUCGUUGAUUGGAUAGAAAAUAAUGUGAGUUAGUUAUUACUUUGUACAAAAUGUUUUACAAUAUAUAUUCGCAAAUAAUGUUUGUUUUUUUUUUUGUUGCUCCAGGUCGUAUUUUCGGAGGGGGGCCAUUAGACCUACCUAGGACUUUAAUAGUUCUACACUCUAACAACUCUCAUAAUUCCCGACAAUGAAAAUUACUUUGAGAAUCCCACUGAAAUGAUUAAUAGACUUGCUGACCUUUUUUGUAAGUCUUACACUGAUUCUACUGAGC